UAUCAAAAUGAUCGUUAGUUGCAGCCCUAAUUGCGAUAUGAUGUUGCACAGUUACUAAACUGCAAAGCACAGUUUAAUCAAAAUGAUUCUGCUUCCUUUCUCAUUUGUGAUGGGUUUGGUUGACACAGAUGCAUGUGCAUUCACUUGCUCAGUGAAGUUUAACGGAGACUCACUUAUGGUAAAGACAAACAGUUUUGUUCAUGUGAUCCCACAAACACGUGUGGAUGUACUAUUUUGGCUUUGUUAUACGUAGCGCUAGGGUUGGGCGAUAUGGCCAAAAAUAUUAUUGCAAUAUUUUUUUUUCAUAUCGUUCGAUAUAGAUAUUUAUCACAAUAUAAAUUUCCUACCAUUAGGUGGGGGCGGGGAUUUCACAUAUUUGUUAGACCUCAAGAAUUAAUGUAAACAUAACAUGUUUGUUUACAAGUAAACCCCAGACGGUAAGCUACCUUUAAAGUAGACUCAGUUUAAUCCCACAUAAGGUGUGUGUUAGCUAUUUUCAAUGAAAUUUCACACAUUUCAUCAGCGGACAUUGACUCCACUGAAAGACUUUCUUUUGACACUCCACAGUCCAGCUCAGCAGGUGGCAGUAAUGCACCAUAAGCUGGAUUGCCAACCGCCAAAUAAACAUCACAAGAAGAAGAAACACUUUCUUGCCUGUGACAGCCCUAUGGAUCAUUAAAAAAAACGUUUAACUAAAUAGUACAUAAAUUAACAGCAAUGGUGUUGAUGUCGGAGUUGUUGAUUGCUAGCUAGCGGUACAGAGCCUUAUUGACUGUUUCCAUGGCAGCAGGGUGAGGUAGCCGCUAGCCUGCUAAUUCUUGCUAACAGGCUGAUUUCAUGACUUUGAUUCAGUUAGCUAGUUGUGUGUAUAACUUUGCCGAACUGCUUGCAUUUUUAGCAAGACGUACCUGAUCCGAUCGUCUAGAUGUAGAACAGGCAAAAAUUUUAACAGAAAAUCAGCUAUAAUGUAUGUAAAGUCUCAAAAACAUGAAUAAACAACACUUCUGGAAACAUAAUAAACAAUUUGAUGAAAAAAAAAGUCUGACUUUCUAUAGCUUGGUGUUUCCAAGAAUAAUUUCACAACAUAGUCCCACUUUCCACAUUUGUGGAUGUCAAUUUUUAGGAAAACUAAUUGCGCUAGAAUUAUUAUUAUUAUUAUUUUAAUUAUUAGGUGCUACUUGUUACAAAUCACAAAAGGAAAUGGAAAAUGCACACAGCAGUCACAAUCGGGCCUCAUGAGGUUAAAAGAGACUCAUUACUUUGAACUUUUCCACAUAACGCAUUGUGGACGCUCCUUGCUCUUUCUGAUACUUAAAAAAAAAAACUAUUUAUUCAAAAUUAACACAAACAAAUUAACCAAGUAAUUUGUCGUCUUUUUGUUUGGCAAGUGUACAUGGAAACCGCGGUGUCAUGAAGUUGACUGACAGCGCAUCUGCCCCACUUGAUCUUGCGGAGAAAAAGUGCCAAUCAAAUGAAAGUGAAAGACAGUCCCAGCCAGCGCAACAGCAUAUGGCAAGUGGAUCAGGCUGUUGAUAGUUCCAGCGGGUCAUCGGUUUUGCUCUGGUCUGGCGUGUCGCUGUGGAAGAAGUGUCCGAGCCACAAGCUGAAGGUGUUUCAAACAGCGUAAUUUUGAGCAAGACAUUGUGUGUCAUCUCCUCCCACAGUCCGUCCUGCUGAGGAGCAGCUCGGGACAGCUUGAUAGCUCCCUGCUUGGGGCAAAGACAGCACCCCCACCCUCCUGCCAAAAUGGUGCUGUCACAGAGGCAACGAGAUGAAUUAAAUCGAGCUAUAGCAGAUUAUCUCCGGUCCAAUGGCUAUGAAGAGGCUUAUUCUGUUUUUAAGAAGGAAGCAGAGUUAGAUAUGAACGAGGAGUUGGAUAAGAAGUAUGCAGGCCUAUUGGAAAAGAAAUGGACUUCAGUCAUUAGAUUACAAAAAAAGGUUAUGGAGUUGGAGUCAAAGCUCAAUGAAGCCAAGGAAGAGAUCACUUUAGGAGGCCCCGUGAGCCAAAAGAGAGACCCCAAAGAGUGGAUCCCACGCCCGCCUGAGAAGUACGCCCUCAGCGGCCACAGAAACCCUGUCACACGCGUAAUUUUCCAUCCUGUGUUCAGCAUCAUGGUCUCCGCCUCAGAGGAUGCCACUAUAAAGGUUUGGGACUAUGAGGCUGGGGACUUUGAGCGCACACUGAAGGGUCACACUGACUCCGUGCAGGACAUCUCCUUUGACCAGACUGGAAAGCUGCUGGCCUCCUGCUCUGCAGACAUGACCAUCAAACUCUGGGACUUCCAGGGCUUUGAGUGCAUCAGGACCAUGCAUGGACAUGACCACAAUGUGUCGUCAGUUGCCAUCAUGCCCAACGGUGAUCACAUAGUGUCUGCUUCCAGGGAUAAGACCAUCAAAAUGUGGGAGGUGGCCACUGGUUACUGUGUAAAGACAUUUACGGGGCACAGGGAGUGGGUGCGUAUGGUGCGACCAAAUCAAGACGGCACGCUGUUGGCCAGCUGCUCUAAUGACCAGACGGUGCGUGUGUGGGUGGUGGCCACCAAGGAGUGCAAGGCGGAGCUGCGGGAGCAUGAGCAUGUGGUGGAGUGCAUCUCUUGGGCCCCUGAGAGCGCGCACCCCACCAUAUCUGAGGCCACAGGCUCUGAGAACAAGAAGAGUGGAAAGCCUGGGCCAUUCCUGUUAUCCGGAUCAAGAGACAAGACCAUCAAAAUGUGGGACAUAAGUACUGGCAUGUGCCUUAUGACACUGGUUGGCCAUGAUAACUGGGUGCGUGGAGUGCUGUUCCAUCCGGGUGGGAGAUUCGUUGUUAGCUGUGCGGAUGAUAAGACCCUACGGAUCUGGGACUACAAGAACAAGCGCUGCAUGAAGACCCUGAGUGCCCAUGAACACUUUGUUACCUCUCUGGAUUUCCACAAGACUUCUCCUUACGUGGUGACAGGAAGUGUAGAUCAAACGGUUAAAGUGUGGGAAUGUCGCUGAUUGCCAUAGGAUCCGCCCCUCUCCCAACACCACUACUUUGGCCACUCCCACACCUGCCCUUCAGGAUGCACUCAUAACUAUGAUUACCACCUCAUCCAGCUCUCUUCUAAUAACUAUUGUCCUUUUAUGUAAAUUACUCUGGAUGUAAAUUGAGCUUAUUAAAUGUUACACAAGACACUCACAAGGAGGGGAAAAAAAAGAAAUAAGUAAAAAGUAAUACAAGUAUUCUUGCAUGGUGAAUCCAAAACAUGUAAACUGUACAUUUUUUGCUUCUCGUCAUCUAAAAGUACCAAAAGAAUAAAGAGCACAGGUGAU